AGUCCUAAAAAACUCUUCGAGGGGACAAAAUGGAUGUGAGAAAGCUGGCUGCGGACGCGCUGGCCCAAAAUAAGAAAGCCGCUCUUCUGAUCGGCGGAGCCGGCGUUGCAAUUCUGGGACUCGGUCUUGGAUAUAAAUACCUGCGAAAACCAGAAAAAGCUGUUCGUGUGGGCGUCGUGUCGCAGCUCCUCAUUCACCCUCUCAAGUCUGGCAAAGCGGUGCCUGUGGCGCUCGCAGAGUGCCAGAAAAUGGGGCUCAAGUUCGGAGAGCUGCAGGACCGACACUGGAUGAUGGUGACAGAGGACGGUCACAUGGUGACGGGCAGACAAGAGCCUCGUCUGGUUUUGGUGUCUCUGACCUGCGAGGGAAGUCAGGUUUGCUUGAAUGCACCAAACAUGGAGGAGUUGAGGUUCCCCAUCAAACAGCCCGACAACCCCGUACUCAACUGCAGAGUGUUUGGGGCUGACAUUCAGGGCCGGGAUUGUGGCGACAAAGUGUCUCACUGGCUCACUCGUUACUUUGGAGCAGAGAAAACUUAUCACCUGGUGCACUUUGAACCUCACAUGAGGCCCAGAAAACCAGUCGACAAAGAGGCUGCUUACCAAAAAUUUGAGCCUGUGGCCUUCCCAGAUUUUGGACCUGUGAUGCUGUUAUCGGAGGCCUCCGUUAAAGAUCUCAGCAGCAAGUUAGAGAAGGCCGUCACUGUGGAGCGCUUCCGCCCAAACAUUGUGAUAAGUGACUGUGAACCAUUCGAUGAGGAUUCGUGGGAAGAGCUCCAGAUUGGCAGUGUGCGACUGCAGCGUGUAAUGUCAUGUGGAAGAUGUAUUUUCACCACAGUUGACCCUGAAACGGGUAUAAUCAGCAGAAAAGAGCCUCUGGAGACCCUGAAAAGCUAUCGCCUGUGCAAACCGUCCGAGAAGCACAUCCACAAAACUGCUCCACUGUUUGGACAGCUGCACAACGUGAAGAAGACGGGGAUCUUUCAGGUUGGUGAUGCGGUAUACAAGAUCACCCGUUGAUACGAGUCGAAGAGGGGGCAAACCUGACGGCAAAACAUUCAGAAGUCAGGAGGGGGUUUCUGAUAAAAGCAUACUGUGCAAGACCACGCUCAAGAAAGCACUUAUAUACAUGCAGUAUAAGUAAACUGUAAAUGAAUAGAUCAACAGUGUUGUAAGAAGAUAUUUCAAAUGGACAGACAAAUCCGCUGAACUGCUUCACACAUUAAUCAGUAGUAUUAAGCAUGUGGGCCUUUCUUUUUUUUUUUUUUUUUGUUUUGUUUUCAUUUUCAAUCCACUUGACUACCUCUUAACAAAACCUGAAUUAAACACAAUGCUAACAUCUCUUCAUUAUUCCAGCUGGUUAUUGAAUCCUGAAAUAAUCAUUUUGUUAUUGAAGAAAGAAAUAAAAUUGCCUGAAGUCUUUGUAAUAUAAUGCUUCCUGAAUGAACAGGGCAGAGAUGCACUGCUGUACUUUGAUCACCUCUGGUAUUAAAAGUUGCAAAACAAUUUGUAAA